AUGAUGCUGGGUAAAAGCGUGCGGUUGGUCCACACGAUCGGCAGGCUUUUGAAGGAUCUGCCACCGUCGGAAUCCACCCUUGGCAAGUUCCGGUUCGAGAAGGACGUUGUUUCCAUUAAAGAGUUGGCUAAGUUGAGUGAAGGUGCAAUUGUGAAUGUUAACGGGUGGAUCGACAAGAAGCCCGUUAAAGUGGGUAAGAAGUUAUCAUUCUGCACUCUGCGUGAUACGGCUGGCAACAAGAUUCAGCUGGUUGACUCAGAGUUGUUGCUUAAAGGAGCGAAUGUAGAAGAUGCUGUUCAAGUUAAAGGAUCUGUUAUGCCAAAAAGACAAUCUACCAAUGACGACGCUGCUGGUUUUGAGAUCAAACUGACCUCUAUCACAACCUUAAAUCCAUCCAACAAGAAGCCGUCGCAAUUGCAAGACUUCAAGAGUGACGGAAUUUAUCCACCAGAGUUUCGAUUCCUUCAACUGAGACUGCCCAAAUACCAGAACUUGCUGAAGAAGAGAUACGAGAUUACAAAAAGCGUCAGAAAAUGUCUCGAGGACUACAAUUUUACAGAGAUAGAGACCCCCAUUCUCUUCAAGUCAACCCCAGAGGGUGCGCGAGAGUUUCUAGUGCCCACUAGAAAGACUGCGGACGGCAACAAGAAACCAACGUUCUAUGCGCUACCGCAGAGUCCACAGCAAUAUAAGCAACUAUUAAUGGCAAGCGGCGUUCAUCGCUACUUCCAGCUGGCUCGAUGCUUCAGAGAUGAAGACCUGAGGGCAGACAGGCAACCGGAGUUCACCCAAAUUGACAUGGAGAUGGCGUUUGCAGACGGAGAAGAUGUCAUGAGAGUUGUCCAAGAUCUUGUCACCGCAACGUGGAACCACUUCUCAUCUAAUGGUGAUCUUCUGACGUUAGACAACCGUGGCAAGUUGGUAUCGGCUAAAGAACAUAGCAUCAAGCGCAUAAGUUACAAACAGGCUAUGACUGAGUAUGGUAUCGAUAAACCGGAUCUGAGAGCUCCGGAUUUAAAGAUCAGAGAUCUGUCCGAAUUUAAGGCAUUUGGUUAUAUAAACAAGGAUUUCCCUGUGUUUGAAGUUCUGAUAUUGAAAAACGCGUUUGAUCCCAAGAGUGACGGGUGCAAUAGAUGGUCUUUCCUGAGCAACCCGGAUAACUACAACUCAAGAGUUCCAAUCGUUGUGCCAAUAAAGGAUAACGGGGAUGAGACUUCAUGGUUCGAGAAAUUUCUACCGAUCACCGCUUUUGAGAAUCCCAAAUUGGUCACCAAGUUCCUGAACCUGAAAAAAGGUGACAUAGUGUGUGGUUCUACUAGACAGCAUGCCCGUCACUUGUUUGAGAAUCCGACACCUCUGGGGCGCUUGCGCCAAUUGGUACUGCAAAAUCCGGCUGGAAAGGAGCUCUAUCAGCAAACGAGUAAGGACGUCGUCUCGUGGAUAACUGAUUUUCCACUGUUCUCACCAGUGGAAAUCUCUUCCGAUAAGAAACUUGCAUACCCACAGUACGAAACACAUGCUAUUACGUCCACUCACCACCCCUUCACGAUGGUACGUCAUUCUGAUUACCAAAAUCUGAGGGAAAAGCCUUUGCAAUGUCUGGGCCAGCAUUAUGAUCUUGUUGUGAGCGGUGUCGAGAUUGGAGGUGGUUCAACGAGGGUUCACGACCCUGCUUUACAAGACUUCAUCUUUGAAGACAUACUGAACAUCAACAAUGCCCAUGAAUUAUUCGGUCACUUAUUGAAUGCAUUUGAGAUGGGGACGCCUCCACACGCGGGCUUCGCCAUCGGAUUCGACAGAAUGUGUGCGAUGCUUUGUGGCAGCGAGAGCAUUCGUGAUGUCAUCGCUUUUCCUAAGAGCGUCACCGGUUCUGACUUAGUAGUCGGAAGUCCAACUGCAGUUGCACCAGAUGUUCUCAAGGCGUAUAAUGUCGACUAUGCUAAAAGUGGAUGA